UACACCAAGUCAAAUUCAACACCAUAACCUCAGCUUGUUGUUUACUUGAUUUACUUGAUUCUGAUUGAUUGCAUUGCUUCUAAGUUGACUGUUUAUUCUAGUUUCGAGCCUUCAGUGCGAUAUAUAGAAUGGCUGCUAUAGACGUAGUAAUUGAGGAGAAAAAAGAGGAUUCAGUAGACCGGCAAAAGGUUUGUCCAUUCCUGUUGCGAGUGUUUGUCUCCUCAUCCGGCCAACACCACAAAAUAUCUGAAUACCACAAGGGAAACACGCCUAGUAAUGAGUUGCAAAUUUACACGUGGAAAGACGCCACUUUACACGAAUUGACACAACUUGUAAAAGAAGUGAAUCCGGAAGCUCGACGCAAAGGAACCAAGUUCAGUUUCUCCUUGGUCUAUCCAGACUCCAGAAGCCCGAUGUAUAGAAUGCGGGAGAUUGGCAGCACUUUCACAGGGGCCAAAGGGGCGGAUGAUCUUAAAACUUUGGGCAAUUACCGAAUCACAUUGGGCGAUUACAUGGAUAUUGCCAUUACGCCUCCAGACAACUGGAAUUCGGGACGAGGAAAAAACUACGCCAAUAAUUUUGGAAACAGGCCCAGGCCUUACUAGACACUUUUUUAUUUGCUGCUCUUCACAUUCAGUUUAGGUAUACAUUUUAUAACACUAAACACUGAGAACAUUCAUGUUCUGUAUGCACAAAAAUUUGUCUUACGUACUACCCGGGUCAGUAUUAAAGCAGCUUACUUUUCAA